CACCGAUAAGGUUGCAGACACUUUCUUCGGCAAGUAAAAUCGUGUGUUUGCGGCAAAAACGACGGCGGUCCGGGUAUCAUCAGCGAAUCAAUUCUGUUUUAUUAUUUUUAUCGGAUAUCCUACAUAUAAAAGUGAAGGCUAACGGUUUCAACUAACGGUGUAACUAUGUGAGCAACAUCAAUUUGUGUAGCAGUUGGAUUUUCCCGGAUUCUUACAGCAACGCCCCUUCGCCACUGACUGGAAAAUACCCACUUCACCACCAUCACUGCAAAUCGAAAGCUUCCUUAGCCCUGCAAAAUGAACGGCCUGUCUACGCUGAACCGAUUGCUGGGCAAAAAGAAUAAAGAUGUUUCCAAAUCUACGUCCAACCUUACCCGGUCCACGACCAACCUGGACAGCUCUAGUCAGUACAACAAGAUCGUGCCGCUGGCCGCCAUGAAUAAUGCCCCGUUCGAGCAGACGUUCCGGAUAACGGUGCUCUUGCCCCGGGAACAGCUGUACGUGGCUCGAGUCGGUGCUAAAACUCGCCUGGCGGUAGUGCUGGAUAUGAUCUGCAACGAUAAAUUGCUGGACGCAUCGAAAUUCCUGUUCCGCCAUCCAACGGACUUCCAUCAGGGGUUCGAGCUGGAUCUUACUAUAGGAGAAGUUGGAUUAAAUGAGAUUCGAUUGAUGUCCAAGAAGGAGCUUGAACAUCUGCAAAACAAUGAGUAUCGGCUAAGCACUAGCGACAUCUUCCGGCUGCACCAGAAGAACAUCCGUGAAAGCUCGGUUUCUUCUUCGGAUCUAAGCAGAACUUCGCGCGCGGCGAUGAAAACUACUAGUCCCUAUAGUUCAACAAAUUCGCUCAACUCGAUGGAUUCAUCAGGGCUGAGUUCAAGCUCCCGUGGAGGAAUCAACGGCAGUCAGCCACAUCCUCCGGUGGCUCCAACCCGGAAAAAACGUCUAGCUCCACGACCUCCGAGUCAAAACUCUAUACCCGAGAAGGCACCCCUGGAGUUCAGCAGAGAUGAUCACAUCUUCAAGGAACCGCAGUUGCCACCUUACUCUAAGAAGAACUUCCAUGUAUCGUCCCCAAAUCUGUUCAAUCGGGGCCUACAAGCCGUAGACUCGAUGAACAACAAUAGCAUUGAGUACCAACAGCCCAAUGGCGAAGAAGUCAACCUCCGGGAUCACCACCACCAACAUCCGGAAACCGUCGAAGAGAUGAACAACAUCAUCAAUACCCAAACGUCGUACAGUACCCUCAAGAACCGGCCCACCUCGAUGUACAUCAUCCGGGAACCACCCACUUCCGAGAAACAGAACCAAGAAAACGGCGAAAACGACCUUCAGCGGACCUCCCUGAAUGGAACCAACAGCAACAGUAUGCUGGACAUUGUCAAUCACACCCGCACAUCCUCCAACUCGUCCGAGGUGAAAGACCCGCGAGACUUCCAGGAAAGCUUGGACCAUCUCCAGCAGCAUCAACCGACCCCUCGUCAACGGCUUAACUCGAAUGCUAGGAAAUCCAAAGCUCCGGCCCCGCCUCCGAGGAGUGUCGGAACGAGGUUAACCACAGUCGAUACCCGAACCACCAAUACCAGCAGCAAUAGUUUGACUAAUGGUGGACGCAAUCAUGCUAACAAUAAUAACCUGGUCCCGGAACCAAAGAUUGUACCGACACCAUCGCCGAGGGCACCGCUGCGAGGGGCCACAACCGGAAGCACCGACAGCGAUACGCUGAUUUCGGAAACCGACUCCAACUUCAGCGAGGAACGGAACCAAGAUACGGUGAAUAAGCUAAAUGCGGUUAACAGCCUUCAUCAUCAGCAGCCGACCACCCCACCGAUAUCAUCGGUUCCGUCCCAAAACGUAUCCAAAGUAAUGCUAAACGUAGAUCAGUCGUCCCCGGAACCGACAAGUGCCCCUGCCAGUUUGGUUCAGCAAGAUACGGAACCCAAAUCGGCCAAUGGCGCUUCAACGGUUUCCAUCAAGAUCGUUAACGACGCUAACAAAACGCCGGUGGAACCACAGCUAAAUAACAGCUUCAAACCAUCGACUCCAAUCGUAUCCAAAGUGCACAUUGUGCCGGAAGUUGGUAGCAGAAAAACCAACGAAACGGAACCCGACCGGAGACCUUCAAACGGGGGACACAGCUCGGACGAAGAUAUCAAAAUUUAUAACAUUGAAUCCGGAACGGAGCGACGGAUUCAUGAGAAGAAAGACCAAGUCCGGUCUCCAUCGCCGGCGGAAGACGAACAGUGGACCUAUACCCUACCGGCUCCACCUAAAUUUGCCGAUUCGUCCAUCAAGUCCGGAGAGUACGACGAAAAGCAGCGCAUUUUCGAUUUGCAGUCAACCUUUGUGGACAACACCACGAUCGUUACUGAUCAAAUGACGUUUAUUUCGGAUGAAACGGAAGCCAUCCGCCCUGUUCUCCGAGAGAAGGUGCUGAUGGAUGAAAGCCUCGUGGUCCUAGAGGAAAACGGCAAAAACUGUCCCUCCCCAACAGUGACUUUGAACGAGAGCGAUCUUGGCACCGGAAGCAGUCCCAGCGUCACUCCCACCGGAGGAGAAAUUUUGAUCACAUCAGACAUGGAAGACGGCUAUCGUGGAGGAAGUGACCUACGCGAGUCGAUGAUUCAAACCCUCGAGAAACGGAGAGAAAAAUUAAAAGAAAACGAACUUCAAGAACUGAAGGAAGCCAUCGAGAGUGGCGUAAAACCGAUAAAGGAAACGAACGGAAACCUUACAAAAAAUGAAAGCAAUGUUAUCAAUAGUGCCAAAACGAACGAAGAAAUCCUCAUCCAGGACAAUGCGGUGGUCAUCAAGAGGACCAGCAUUACCAGCAUCAACCGGUCUCAAUCGGUACUGGAACCGGCCGGCCAGCGAAGGUUCUCCAACGAGAACCGAAAAUCUAGUGAGGUGAUCAACGAGCUGGCCGCGGUGAUUCGAGACGAUAGCUCGCUACGGGGGGUGCUGAGUGGAUCCCGAAAACAACAGGAUCAACAGGAGGAAAUUCCCGGGGUGGGACCGAAUAGUUUGAGUAAUUUUAAAAUCAGUACCUAUAGUAAUGGGUUUUCGGGCGAGAAUAAGGAAAAUAUUUUGGAGAAGGCUGUACGGACAGAAAAAUCGACGGAUACGGUGCCUCCGAAACCACCCCAGGACGAAGAGGAAGCGGUCAUCAUCCGCCGAAAGAUAUCGGUCGAUUCCAUCCAGGCCAUCCGCAGUGGGCAGCUGCUGAGCAGCGAUGAAGAAGAGUCCCUAGCGGCCAACAACCAACAGCAGCAGAUGGUCAAUGGUGGUGCGAUUCGUAAUGGAUCGGCCGCCCUCGUUGGAGCAGGCCCGGUCAAACGUCGCAGCCUGACUACGGUGCUGAACCGCACUCCCGGUCGAAUCAACCGGUCGGAUUCGUUCCAUUCGACUCGGUCGGACUACAUUCAGGCGCUGGCUAGUCCAGCCGGGGGAGGCGGAGUUCCCAGGGAAAAUGGGAUGCGAUUGACUCCGCGGAGUACAUCCUAUAUUUCGUUGAUUGGAGCGCAGAGGUUUGAAAAUCGAUUUGGAGCUGGCUCUAGGCGGAAGUCGACUAGCGAGGUGAGCAUCUGUGAUUCGCCGUCGCUGCAAAGUUUGGAGGUGAUUAAGAAUAUUCUGAAUACAUCGCGGAGUAAUUUGGUGGCGAAUGAAGCUGAGGAGGAACGAGAAGUUUUACCUAUGGCGGCCAUAAAGAGGAACAGCUUUACGGAUAUCUCAACUUUGGUACAGUUCAAGAAUGAGGUAGCUAGGAGCGCUGUAUUGAGAAGGGAAAGCGUAGUCGAUACGAAGAUUGAGGAAGUUGAAGUUAGAAAAGAGAUUGAAGAGGAGAAAGAGAAUGUGCAGGAUUCAAAGAAAGAAUAUUUGAAGAAAAAUAGUUUUACGGAAAAUAGUAUAAUCAGUAAUAAGGUUGAAACUCAGCUGAUGACGGAUAUGUCUCAGGAAUCAAAAAGUGACGACGAGAAGCUGCAAAACAAGCAAUUUUCGUCUGUUGUCACUAAGAAUCCACAAACGACGGUUGUAAGUAUAACUACUACAAGCACGACUGUGACCAGCAGUGGAGUUAGUGUUACAGUGAAUGCUCAAGAUAGCAUUGAAAAUGAUAAGAAGUGGAAGUACCAAGGUCCUCCGACCAUCAAUCUAUCCACUUGGAGUGAACGUCCCAAAAUUGACGUGACCAUUAAGUCGGAUCGGGAUUAUCGAUUCGGAGGAAGCUCUACGCUUCCUCGAGGCUACAGAAACGUCAACAAUACCACAAAAAUAAGCUUGAACGCAACACCCGCUACUGUCGAUGAAAGGGAAGACGGCGUUGAUCGUCCAGAUUGCGCCCGAGAACACGUGCCAUUGAGACGGAGUGAAGUAGAAAUCCAAAAACUUCCCUUAGAAAUUAACAGGACUGAACCUGUUACGGUCAACAACGACGAUCGUCUACCCAUUGUAAGGGCUGUUGAAUACAAAAAGAACGUCGUACCACCUACUGUUGCACCGAAACCCCUGGAGAAACCAUACUUCUACGAUACCUUCUCACGGAAUCCAGGGACGCCAGCAAACACAACAGCUACCAUUAAUCGACUUAGUAUGGGUUAUCAAAAAUUCCAACCCGUGGUUCGUGGAUUCAAAUCAAUAGAUGAACCUUCAGCUCCACGACCUGUAUCAAUGAUCGAAUCUACCAAUAUUUCAACGACCAUUUUAAAACCCGCGCCUCCAAAGGCACCAGAAAAGCCAGAACAAACCAACUCCAACCCGGGAUUCCCAUUCGGUCAGAACACGCUUAGGCGAACUGGCUUAAAAGAUAAAAUCCUCUCUCCGGAGCCACAACCGGAACCAAAAAUAUCUGCUAUUCAAGAACCCCCCAUAGUAGCACUCAAAGCCAAAAACAAUACCACAGCAUCCAUUCCUCCCCCGCCACCCCCGAAACUGACCACUCCCGUCGUCCGAGGUGCCAUUGUAAAAAAGCAGCUUCCCCCGGCGGCACAAACGGUUGAUCCUCGAUCCGCCCUGCUUGAUGCCAUCCGUGGCUUCAACAAGAGCAAACUUCGCAAGGAUCCAUCUAUCGAAGAGCAACCCUCACACUAAAGUAAACACCCUUACUUUCUUUCGAUACUUCCGACAACUUCUCCGCCUAUCUGCUGUGUAGUUAGUUGUUAUUAAUUUAUUGUUUCUGUUGUAUUCUUUUUGUUGUACUAAAAUUUUUGUAUGAUUUUAACUAUGUUUUAAUAAUUUUCUACCUUAUUAGCACCGAAUACUGAAUCAAGAUUGUAACUUUUUUAAUCGAAAACAAUAACGGUAACGCCAAAGGUAAGUGGGAUUUGUCUGCGGAUACGAAUAAUCGUGACCAGUCAUACAAACAUUAAUAUCGAGCGGUUUCGGGCAACUGAUUUUAUAGCAUCAAACGGAUAUUUUUAACCAAAACGGUGCCUUUUCCUUAAAAGGUACUCCAAUCUGUCUAACAGAUUUUAACAAACACACACAAAUAAGACUAAAAAUCGUUUGAAGACUCGUUCAAAUAACCCGCAAAACAUGCUGCACUGUUUUUUCCGAAAUUUAAAAGUCUUACGGAAACGGCAGCUUGAAAAUUAUUUUCAGAAAGAACAACUUCACGUACAUAGAAUUGCACAUAGAUAAAGACACAAACAGUAAGAGUAAAAGAAACACAUUCACACUCGGGUAUUAAUCGUUAAUUCGUUACAUUCCACAGAAGCCCAACACGUGGAGCUGUCUUUUUAACUAUAUUAGAUCAUUUUAAAUCAUCUAAACUUCAAUCUUUAUCCUUACUUCAAAGGUUAGGCUUAUUCUUUCGAUAAAAUCCCCUUCAUUUUAAAAAGUUCUUUUAAAAGAAAAUCUUAACAACAAACACAAUCAUUAGUCAUUAAUGUAAGUCAACUAAAAAUAUACUAGUACUAAAAAUUCAUUAAAAAAACAAAAUUCCCUUUUCUGUUCUUUUGAUUCGUUGAACAUACUGGUAAUAUAUACUUAUUCUAAUCAUCAAAAAAUCGCGAUUGUCGGCCUAAAUCAGAUGGUACGAAAAGGAAGUAAUACACUCCAGAAAAAAGCUGGCAUAAUUGUACAUUUUGUUUCUAGUAGCUACUGUAUGAAAUAAACUGAUAUUAAUCAAA